CACAUGGGCUCUGUGUUGUUGAGCUUUUUUUAGUUCACUGACCUUCUUAAUUCAGGAAAUGCCUUUUAAGACAGAAAGCACGCAUUCAUUGUGAUGCGUUUUUGUCAUUCACGAUCGUUUGCAGUGCGAUAAAGUUGACGGGAGUCAUUUUAGAAAGAACCGAAUCUGAUUAAGCAAUAUGAUCUAGAUCAAAAGUGACGUUUAAGGUUUGUAGGUGAGAAACAUCAUACACCUCUGAUCAUGUCACGAACAACGAAAUACGACGAGGACCAUUCUUUCGUGAGUCCAGUGGUGAAAUAUCUGCUUUUUUUCUUCAACGUGAUAUUUUGGAUAAUCGCACUGGUCCUGAUAUCUAUUGGCAUUUAUUCCAGGAUAGUGAAACAUGAGACAGCAUUUGCCAGCCUGACUAUAGACCCCGCUCUGUUACUGAUGAUAGUGGGGAUCAUGAUGUUCUUCAUCACGUUCUGUGGCUGUGUGGGUUCUCUGAGAGAGAACAUCUGCUUACUGCAAACGUUCUGCAUCUGCUUGACUGUCAUCUUUCUGCUGCAGCUACUCGCUGGUGUUUUGGGUUUUGUCUUCUCAGACAGGGCACGUGGCAAAGUAACAGAUAUGGUUAAUAGUGCUAUCAAGCAUUACAGAGAUGAUCUAGACCUACAAAAUCUAAUAGACUAUGGACAAAAACAGUUCAACUGCUGUGGAGGGACCUCCUACAUGGACUGGUCUCAGAACAUGUACUUCAAUUGUUCUAAAGAAAACCCCAGCAGAGAACGCUGCUCAGUUCCGUACUCCUGCUGUUUGCUCACGAAAGACGAGGGUAUUAUAAAUACAAUGUGUGGUCAAGGGAUGCAGAAUUUCGAUUACCAAAGGGCUGGUGAAUUUAUCAACACCAAUGGCUGUAUUGAUAAAGUAGUAAACUGGAUCCACAGCAACCUGUUUCUACUGGGAGGCAUUGCACUGGGCCUGGCCAUCCCACAGCUGUUUGGAAUCCUGCUCUCCCAGGUCCUUAUCACUCAAAUCCAGGAUCAGAUUAAAUUACAAAACUACAACCUUCUACAUCGCUCAGACCCCUGGAGCUGAAGUCACUGUUCUGUACUUAACUGUACUGGAAUACUCCCUGAAUAGACUGACUUGAAUUGUACUUUGAAUUAGGAGAACAAAGCUCACAGAGCUAUGCAAAUCAUGUUUUGAGAUGUGCAACAAAUCCUUUUGAAUCAUUUUUUAUGAGUAUUAAUAUUUGUAUAAAUCAUGUGAGAUAUACAAUAGGUCAAUAAAACUAUUUUAUGUGCAACAGAUUUGUUUUUUGAGCAUUGUAAUCCUAACAAAGGAUGAACGUAGAUACUCUUGUACUCCUUGAUUUUAAGUCUAGAAAACUAAAUUUCUAUUAAGUGUACAUUUUUAUUUAGCAAAAGGAACUUUAUGUUGAUAUUUAUCAAAAUGACAAAUUGCUUGUGAUGUAAACAUCUUUUUUAAGUUGCAUUGGAUAAAAGUUCAUGCUAAACAGUACUCGACGUUCUACACUUUAUGGGUUUAAUCUUCCAAAAAUGGUCUUCAUAUCAACAACAUCUGGUCAUAACAAAAACACAACAUGCUUCUGUUGGCAAGAGCGUCAAGUGUUUACGUUCCUGAUAGCAUUCUGACAACACCUCCUUUACCUAUUAAAACAAAAGCACAUUAAUUCAUGACCAUCAUUGUCAACCGCUCACUUUAUUAUAUAAAACUAAUAAAAAAGGUAAUUCUUUUUACAUUGAAUUACUAUUGCAUUAUUA